GCGUAAAGAGUUUUCAGAGAAGCAGAUUCCAGACGGAGGCGACUUUUCCUGUCACUCCUCUUUCGUCUUUCUGAAGAUUGUUUCUGAAGAUGGCAGGCGGGAUUCCGCUUCAUGAUAAAGCGGUGUUUUCCGUGGGAGGGGGUAUCGAUGAGAGGGAGGUGGAAGAUGUGCUGCCCUUCGCAGCAAUGCUGUUUUCUGCAGUCUUUUUCGCUGAGGCAUUAGCACGCCUUUUCUCCUACAUGUUUCCGGUCCGAAGGCCCAGCAAGACAGAGCAAUCAAUUUGGAAGCAAUACAAGGCUUUGGAACGAGAGGCUGAUACACUCACCACGCCAGAUACAUUUGUCGAGGGAGCUCGAAAACGGCGGCUAGCGAACGCGAAAAAGAAGGAGCUUGAGAAUUAUCCUGCAGACAGACGGAUGAAGGCAACGAAGUUGUCGGCCUGGAAAGUCGCACGAAUCGUUAUGCCUUACGUUAUCCGGUGGGGAGCGUAUAUUUACUUGGCAUAUUCGUUUUGGCAUUUCCCAAUCUCAGUUCUUCCCGCUGAGCUCCUUGUGCCCGUUGGGCGCAUGCUUUCGUUCCCGGAGGACCGCUUGUGGGUGAAGAAUGGGGGGGUCUCCAUCAUACCCUUCCUUUCGAUGAGCUCUCUUGUUGCGAGCAGUUUUCUGGCAAGCCUUGGGUCGAUAAGGAAAUAGCUGCUGCACGCAUUCCGGCAUGUAUACCUUUUACUUUGUUUUAUGACUUUUCAUAUUGAUUUGAUUUGCUGGCCGAUUUCGCCAGGCUUGGUAAUGAAGAAUAUACGUGAUUCGCCGGGGAGGAAAGGUUGGUUGUUGAUUGUUUCUAAUCCGAUAUCUCAACAGGUUGCGGAAUAUUUUCUUUCCUUGAAGUUCCUUCUUUUUUCUUUUUUUCGGUUUCUCAAUGUGAAGCCGAAUAUCAACGCUAGAUCUUGUUCGCAGUUGUCACCAACUCGGCAGAGAUUUGCCCACGGGAUUGAGACUAGGGGGAUACACACACACACGAGGACCUUUCUAUCUGUAUCUGGAUGUGAUUACGAUAACAUUCAGUAGGAGUAUUCUGUAUGCAUCUGGAUGUGAUUACUAUCAGAUUCAGUAGGAUUCGUGUAGUGCGAGUGCCGCCUCAGUCUACUAGUUCAGUUCUGAAGUCGAUGGAAUGGCAUGAUAGGCAAAAGGGAAGGCCACUGUUCUCUUCCUCUUCCUCUUCCUCUUCCUCUUCCUCUUCCUCUGCUUGUCCUUUGGACGAAAGAUCAGAUCUUGAGAGGUAUUUUGUCCCUCAGAUGCAUUUUGUUGAUUUUGGCUGUUGAGAAAUAAAAAGAAGAGGUUAUUCAAAAAAAGUAUGCCUCCGCCACUGCCAGUCGUUGAGAAUGUAUUAAUAGGCCGACUAUAAGGCCACGUACGCUUCCAUCCCAAUGCAGAGCUCGUUUUGGACAUCCGUCCUUGGAGUAUGACUGCGACUCGGUACAGAAACUUAGCUUCUUGAUUUGGAAAGCUAUUUGCUUAAUUUGGAAAGCUUUGCCUAAAUUUGUGUGUGUGUGUGUUUGUGAACUGUGUGUUGAUGGAACUCGUGAGAGCCGCGAUAGCCUGUAGAAUGGGUUGAUGGUUUAAGUAGGGAGGAGGAGCAGAUCAUGGAAAGGGGUUUGAGAGGAGCAAGAUGAAAGAGAGAGAGAGACCUGCACUGGAGGGCUGGAGGAAGUGUGCAAUGAGGCCCUGACGCUAUUUUUGUUCGCUUCGGGAUUCGAGCUCGUGAUCUGUUUAUCAAGAGCUACGUGUGUGUGCUGAUCGCCCACAUGUGGAUUGUUCUUGCUCUUGCUCAUCCCUUUCUUUUUUUUUUCUUUUUUAAAACAAACAUACGCCCCGUCU